UUGUAACUGUCUUCUGCCUCUUUACCAGUGUCCACACACUUCUUAGCUAUGAUGGCCUCUACCUGCGGUGCUCAUUCCCAUCUUUCGGAAUACGAGAUUUGGUGGAGGGACCACUAUGACUUUCUCAACAAAAAGGGUUACAAGCUACGAGUUCGCUACAGUCCGGACUGGGUGCCUUCUUGGACGAAUACCAACAAGAGCGAUAUAGAUUGCGAGGACGGUGUCAGGUCGCCACAUUAUCUUCUACUAGAUGCACGACGCACUCAAGACGGUGCUCGCGUAUUGCUUAAAUGUAUAGACGUAUCGCGACACCCUUAUGAGAUAGAAAUCGGUCGCUAUUUCAGUAGCUCCCCUCUCAGCCAAGAUCCAGCCAACUAUUGUGUGCCAAUUUAUGAUGUUUUCCAGGUGCCCACCGACAAUAUACACGCACGCACUCUCCCCCACGAUACUACUACAUUGACUUUGGCAUCUCUCGCAAAUAUGAAGCAUCUAACACCAACCCAUUGGAAGAACUAGGGCCUAACAUGGGUCGACCCGGGUCAUACCCGGAUGCUACCCACGGGUUGGUUGAGCUAUAUGUUCAUGACCGUACCCGUCCCGGGUCAAGUGGUACGGGUACGGGUCUACCUGCGGGUACGUGACAUAGAGUCAUCUCCGAGUUGUUCCAAGUCACUGCCAGCAUCCUGUCUGCAUUCUUUAUGAACCAAUCCAGUUUUUUGUCGGGGCACAUUACUAGUACACAAGUCAUGAGCCUUCAACAUU